GACUCCAGUCAAGAUGCAAAGUUUCACAUUGAUUGUGGCGUUAUAUAGGACUGUAGACACGAUAACUUUUAUCAUACAAGCUUCAAUUACUUCAAAUGAACAGCUAAAAUAAGCACUCAACUGUAUGGAACGCGAGGACUAUUCUGUGAUAGGCCAUCGAGAAGCGACCUGAUGCUAGUAGAAGCACCGGUGUUGCAUUCUUAUCUGUGAGGAUGGGCGAGCUACUCAACCACAGCGGGAUUUUGGCAUUGAACAGGACUUUAAUGGAUAAUGACAAAUUCGGCAGUCUGGAGGAUAUUGACGUGACCGCGGACGGCACUCCGAUUCUAAGGAUAAUCAUCUCCGUUGUUUACUCCAUUGUGUGCGCGGUAGGGUUAAUUGGGAACUUGUUAGUCUUUUUCCUAAUGAGGUUAAAACAGGGCCGGAAGAAAUCUAGUAUUAACUUUUUCAUCAUCAACUUGGCAGUGACGGACUUCCAGUUUGUGUUGACUCUGCCGUUCUGGGCAGUGGACACCGCGCUGGACUUCAGCUGGCCGUUUGGAGACGCCAUGUGUAAAAUCAUCCUUUCCGUAACAGUUAUGAACAUGUACGCUAGCGUGUUCUUUCUGACUGCUAUGAGUGUGACCAGAUACUGGUCUGUCGCCUCGGCUCUGAAGAACCGGUCGAGACAGAGGUCGUGUUCGGUGAAAUUGGUGUGCGCGGUGCUGUGGGUCUCCGCAACCAUUGCCACAGCACCCACUACCAUUUUCUCCUCAGUGACCAUAGUGGCCGGGGAGAAGCUCUGCCUCAUCAGGUUCCCCGAGGGACAUGACUGGCUCGCGCUCUAUCAUCUCCAAAAAAUCAUCAUAGCGUUCGUCAUACCCAUGCUGAUAGUGUCCGUCUGCUAUCUGAUGCUCUUACGGUUUAUCCGUCUGAGGAGCAUGAACAACAACCACCCCAAAAGGAGGUCAAGGGUGACCAAAUCUGUCACCAUCGUCGUCCUCUCCUUCUUUCUUUGCUGGAUGCCAAAUCACGCCAUCACAUUCUGGGGUGUAUUGGUGAAAUUUAACGCUGUCAAUUGGGAUAAAUCCUACUAUUUGGUCCACACCUAUGUAUUCCCGGUGACUGUGUGCCUCGCGCAUGCCAAUAGCUGCUUGAACCCAGUUCUGUAUUGUCUCAUGCGACGAGAAUUCAGAAAGAUGCUGAAGGAUUUGUUUUGGAGAAUUUCCUCACCAGCCAUCUCCAAAGCCUGUACAAUACGUACGUUUACGGGGACGUGCAACACACGUGUAACACACGACGACAACCAAGGGGUUAUUCCCUUGAAUGUUCUAGACACCACACAAUGUCGACUAUCCUUUAUUGACAGACCGGAUCUUCCCGCAAUACCGGGUCUACCCGGAAUGGCACCUGAAGAUUCACAGUGCAUCCACCAGACAUAAUUCACUUACUCUAUGAAACGACUUGCUGUAAUUACGCAUGCAUUUUGGAACUAUAAAGCAGUAUUUACGGAAAUUUGGUGCGUCCCUGGCACGCACUGGAAUGGGUAGGACAUGUACUUGGUAAACUUUACGCGCAAUGAUUACAUGUUGAUUUUAAGAAAAGAGAGUCACAAAUGUAGAGUACACCGAAGUCCAUAUUCCCUGUGGAUGUUAUGCCCUGUGUUGGAAUGUUGAGAUGUUUCUUCUGUCUUCCAUUCAAGCUCACACAUUGCCAUUCAGAGACAAUGCACACAUUUUUGGUACAUGAAAAUGGAAAUAAAUGUGAUCAUAUUAAUAUGUUAUCAGUGCUUCUGUUGUGGUAUAUGGAUAUAUGGCUGAAUGUAAAAGGGUCAUUGCAAUGUAUGUGAAAUAAAGAGAAUAUCAAUUAAGCAUCUUGGUCGAUUG